GUUUGAGCAAUCUACAUAUAUACAUACAUAUAUACAUGUUCACAUGCUACAUCACUAGCUCAGCGAGCAGCUGCUAUGAAGCCCCUCUCCAGCGCCCUCCUCUCAGCGCAAACUUUGCGGCUGCUCUUGGCAAUGUCCUUGUUGGGCGUCAGGCACUGAGGAAGAGGCUCCCGCCGGCUGCCGGGCUGACGAUCGUCGGAGGAGGUCACUUGCUCCGAGGAGCGGCUCCGAGCCGGUGCCGACAACUCGUCAUCCUGCGAUCUCAGGACCCGCCCCUUGGAACGAGACCUUCUCGGAGAGCAUCUGCUCAGCACGUUCUUCCCGUGCGCAUCUUCCAGACGCUUGAGCAAGCGAAUCCCGUCCUCUACCGAUGCUCGACCGUUUUUAGCUUCAAGGGCAUAAAUCUGGAAUGCGUCCCCAAAGAGUCUUGUUGAGGGGGGGGACCUGCAAUUCUUGCUCAUCUUGUCCAAGACCUGAGAGGUGUUUCAAAAAAUCUCAAGUAUUGAGGCAGGAGAAACCUUCUCGCACUCUUUCAGUGAGGCUUGAUUGUGAGCGGCCGAUGCUGAGGCGACUUGAAAGAACCCCUUGUAAAGUGCAGGAUGGUGUGAUAUUCCUAGCUCUUGAGCUUGUUCGAUGAGUUUUUCAGCAUCAGGAACUGUUGCAAACCCCCAUGCUGCAGAGUAAACGUGAACCUGCAUCGCAAGGAUAAAGGUUUCAAGA